UAAUGAUAUGUACUAUUCCAUCAUAUCAGAAAUUUGCAAGUUGGAUAAAUCCUUGAUGGAAACCAAACUCACUCUUGCGAGACUCAACCCCACUGAGUUUGCUACAGCGAUUACGAAGGAACAAGGAUUUACGGCCGUAGUAGCUGGAGAAGUUUUGCAUGUCUUAAAAUGUAAACCAGUAUAUGUGCUACCACGAUCAAGCAAUAGGUGCUAUCAGGAGAUUCCAGCGAACUACAACAACGAAUCAGUAUUUAUUGCGCCUGUUACUCGAGUACUUCAGAAAAGAGGAACAGAAAUUGAUUGUACGCCUUUGCUUCCCGCAAAGUUUAUGUUUGGAGGAAGAUGGUAUACGACGGACGGAAAGUUCCGGGAAACAACCGCUCCGGAAAAGUUAUCAACCGAAAUUGUGACUAGUUGGACAUACACCUCUUUACCAAACCUGAUGAAAUCUGGCGUUUACGAUGAGGACAGUGUCAGAAAGAUGAAGAACAUGAUUUAUGAGCAAGGAGACCGACGUAUCGCAUCAUCAGUUAUACAUCGGAUUUUGACAAACCAGAACCCAAAUCAUCAAGGAUUUCGAUUCGAAGCCUUGAUUGCGGAACACAUGGUGGAAGGAAUCGUUAGCCAAUACUGGGAAAAGUUUUUAACCUGGUCCCACUGGUUUGGACAUCUAUCGUCGACGGUCUUAGGAGCAUAUCUUAUAUUGCGGAUUCUGAAGUUCAUCAUCGACACGCUAAUUCAUGGACGGAUACUUUACGAUAUAUAUGGAUUUGGAUGGCAGCUGAUCGCUUCAUUGUGGGAUUCAUUCACCAAUUUUUUAUCGCAUCGUCAUGCUACUAGAAGGCCGACAGCCCAGGAUUUCGACGUAGAGCAACCCGCACUGGUAUCACCAACAGCACCACUCAGUGCUCCUUUAGAUCAGAUAAGAGAUGUCGAAGCAGAAACCCCUUUUAAACCGACAUACCCUAUUAUAAACAAUUUGAACAACCAUUAAGGUGUAAAUCUAUAAAUAAAUUUACAGGGGCAAGAAUGUUAAAAAUAAAUUACAUUAAUGUUCAAAUUAUAUCAUUUUUCCUAGAGAAGAUUUGUUCAAUUCAUUAGAGCCAUGUGCCAGGAUAAAUAACAGAUUAGGAAUGUUUAGUUCAAAACCAUAAAAUGUUUCCUGUGGCAUAUGUUUACUCUGUCUCCCAGGAAGGGCCAUAUCAAGCAAGGAAUGUUUUCCUAAGAUUAGAUUUCUAUGUUAGCUUCAAAGUAAUAAAACUCCAUAUGGCGUAUGUUUUUCUACCUCCCUGGAAGAGCUAUAUCGGGCUGGGAAUGUUUGUCUAACGCUUGCUCAGGGGAGGUAGGAAAAACGUUCCCACGAUGCAGAUGCAGUUUUAUUACUUAGGGUCUGUCUCAAUUGGAUAAUUAAACUGAAAUUAAACUUAAAAGUGACAUUUCAAUAAUUAUCAAAUAACCCUGCUCGCAGAGCAAGAUUACUUUUGACAGAUAUCGAAUCAUUUUCCAUCGAUGUCCUAUUGGAAUUGCUGGGUAGCACCAGCCAUUCUUAUAACGGGGUGAUUUUUUAAUUUUCGAACUGUCACUUUUAAGUUUAAUUCUCCAAAUGAGACAGAGCCUUAGUACUUUCCACUCGAUUCGUUUUGCUUGCAAGUGUCGCAUACUUGCGUUAAAUUAUACUCUUAAAAGAAAGCAGAUGGCACCAUUCAUAAGUAUUUGCACGAUAGGUGUCGCCAUAUUGAGAAAUUGCAUUAAAUGUUGCAUGCAAUUUGAGGCACUUCUAAUUAGAAUAGCAGGUCCUUUAGCUAGGUGCCUUUAGAGGUCGGCACCUAAAUUAUAAGAGUGCCAUCUGUAUUAGAAUUUCUUACAAUAAGAAUUUAGAAUACCAAUUAGAAUUGGUUGAACGUGUAGGAUAAUUAAUAUGUAUAUGUUAAGGAUUAUUCCCAAAUCAUGUAUAAAUAGUACUAGCGGUUUGGGAAAUAAAGGUAGUCAUUAUUAUCCAUCAAGUGAAUCACUUUCUUUCUCUUCAAGAGAAAAUUCCGUUGCUCACAGUUGCCUUUGAAGAACUUGAUUUAAUCUUCAGGAAGCAUAGAACCAAAUUGCUGGUGACUAGCCCUGGAAUUCAUUCAAUCUUGUUCGGAAAUUGCAACUUAUCCGAAAUCAUCCGAAACACUUUUAAUACAUACGUU